AUGUGUCUGAAAACAACAUGUUUAACAUGUUUUGUUGCCCUUCUUGUUGCCCUUCUUGCAGUUCUAUUCGCAUCUGCACAUCUUACCACUAACCAAAACUCACCAUCUGCUCUCAGCAUCCCAUAUGCUGCGCAUCAUAAACAUGAAAAUGAUGAUCCUCUCCCAGACACAACUGCAACCUCCUAUCUUUGCGUCGAUCAAAACGGGCAUUUGAGAAAGUGGAGGUUCCGAUUAGCAAACAAACCAAAUAUAACAUUUCAAGGAGAAGGGUAUUUAUGGACUGUAAUUGCUUGGAAUGACACGGCCAAGUCAUCAUAUAGCACAAAACUAAGUGCCUCUGUUCAUGUUGCUGGUGCCAACUUCAUUGCUAAGAACAUAAGCUUCAAGAAUACGGCUCCACCUCCAGAACCUGGUGUUGAUGAUGCUCAAGCAGUAGCGCUUAGAGUAUCGGGAGAUAAAGCUGCAUUUUGGGGUUGUGGAUUCUAUGGAUACCAAGACACCCUCAAUGAUGAGAAUGGUCGCCAUUACUUCAAGGAUUGCUAUAUCCAGGGCACCGUUGAUUACAUCUAUGGCAAUGGACAAUCAUUCUAUGAGAAUUGCCAGCUGAUCACCAUCGCAGCCGCCGGAUCAAUUGCGUAUAUUACAGCCCACGGCAGAAGCAAUACCGUCAGGGUUGAGAAUACGUGUGCUGGCUUUGCCUUUGUUAGUUGCACCAUCGAUGGGAGUGGAAUAGUCUGGUUAGGUCGAGAAUGUAGGCGUUUUGCACGAGUAGUUUUUGCCAACACCUACAUGAGUAACAUUAUCACUCCAGAAGGUUGGAAUGCAACAACAUCCGGAGAUGAAAAGACUGUGUUCUUUGGAGAAUACAAAUGCAAGAGUCCAGGAGCUAAUAUGAACAAGCGUAAACCUUUCGUGCACAAUCUCACUCACAGUCAAGCUUAUUCUCAUUUCCUUACUGUGUCUUUCAUCGACGGGGUUGAAUGCCUGAGUGGCUGCUACCCUUUAAUAAUUAGCCUUCUCUCUUUUACGCUCUCUCUAGCUAGCUAUGUGAUGUGA